CUCGGGACGGAGCCCCGCAAGCUGGAUAGGGAGCGUCUCCAAGCCAUGGUCCCUACCAGUCGCAGCUCAGUCUGGGUCCCUCUACUCUCUACCCGAGUGCCCGAAGCAGGCUUUGGUUUCAUGUCAGCAGCCUUCAUCUGCCUUCCAAAAAUAAGCCCCUGCCGCCAUGCCGAGGGGAGAAAAACAAGAAGGGCGGUAUUUUUAGGGCCAUUAAUUCUGACCACGUGCCUGAGAGGCAAGGUGGAUGGCCCCGGGACAGAGGCUGUUCAUCACUAUGUUCCAGGGAGUAGGACGUGCUCAGGGCACGCUGCAGACUCUCGUCUUCUUAGGCGUCCUAGUGGGCAUGGUGGUGCCCUCACCUGCCGGCGCCCGCGCCAACGGCACACUCCUGGACUCCAGAGGCUGGGGCACCCUCUUGUCCAGGUCCCGAGCUGGGCUAGCUGGAGAGAUUUCGGGUGUGAACUGGGAAAGUGGCUAUUUGGUGGGCAUCAAGCGGCAGCGGAGACUCUACUGCAACGUGGGCAUCGGCUUCCACCUGCAGGUGCCCCCCGACGGCCGGAUCAGUGGAACGCACGAGGAGAACCCCUACAGCCUGCUGGAGAUUUCCACCGUAGAGCGGGGUGUGGUGAGUCUCUUCGGUGUGAAAAGCACCCUCUUCAUCGCCAUGAACAGUAAAGGAAGACUGUACACCACGCCCAGCUUCCAAGAGGAAUGCAAGUUCAGAGAAACCCUCCUCCCAAACAAUUACAACGCUUACGAGUCAGACCUGUACAGAGGGACCUACAUUGCACUGAGCAAAUAUGGCCGGGUAAAGCGGGGCAGCAAGGUGUCCCCAAUCAUGACUGUCACUCACUUCCUCCCCAGGAUAUAAGGACCCACGGAUGAAGGCUCACAAAGUGACAGCUGCAUCUUUUCUGUUGGAAUUUUCCACAAGAGAACAAUUAUGCUCGUAUCCUGUGACUUCUGAGUUUGGCUUAUCUUGUGCCUCAAGAGACUGGAGUUGGUUUCCUUGGCCACUGGACUGCAUGGCAUGUAACCCACACGACUGAAGGUUGCACUUGACAUCUCAGAAUGCCAGUGGAUCAUGCACUUUGACCUCACCUAAGGAGAGACAGUACAGAUGACACUUGUGACAUGUGGUCCCAUGCAUAAGGAAAGGCCGAGAUGGGAGUGUGCCUGUGUCCAUGCAUACCCAUACGUCUUUAAUAGAUCCUCAGAGCAAAGGCAUUUCAAAAUUUUCUUUCUCCUGACAUUGUCACUGCAAGAACCUGCCUACCAGAGCAUCACUUGUCAAGUCAGCAGGAUUGAGGUGUGCCUCAUUCUGCCUUGUUCUGAUCAUCCAUCCAUCCUGAGACAUUAACUGCACCAGCUGUUUGAGUGACAGCGAGCGGCUGUCUUUUAUGUGUAAGGAGAAAGUGGGGGUGUAACAACCAAUUGCAAACUAGAAAAAAAAAUAACCUGGCACCCUGAACUCCUUGCCCACUGGGCUUCUAAGAACACUAUGAUGCACUGUUAAGGAAGCUGGGAGAGAAGGGGGUCCCCUCUUGGAAAAAAGUGAUAGAACAGUGUCUGUGGCCAUUGGGGAGAUCUGUGGAGCAGAGGGACUGGAUGUUCUGUAGAGAGCCAUUCUGCCUGAAGGUCUUUGAGCUGUGUGUGGCUCUAAGAACAGGCCAGCACCAGGCUGCCUGCCCAUAGCGUUUCCUCACUUUGAACCAGGUCUUAUUUUAACCUCAGAUGACAAGGAUCCUAAUAAUGGCAACCUCCCUGGCAAGGGAGGGCAGUGUGCAAAUUAGGGCAUGAAGGAAGUCCAGAGGCUUUGGACUCGCCAUGGUGAUCCCUCUCCAACUAUGUCCAGGAAGCUUGCCCAAGUUCUCACCCGAUACCCUCACUUCCUCCUCACUUGUCCUAAUCUUACAUACACAAUGCCACCUGGAUGCUGUAGAAUGGGUAUUGUGACCUCCGUCAUGUGUCCCUCUUCCUUACUACAGUAGGAGAAGCGUGAUAGUCCCAGGAUUCAGGCAGCCAAGCUGAAAUGGCUCCUUGUUUAACAGUGCCUUCGUGCCUCUUGUCCUUUCAGAGUAUUUUAAACCGAGGUUCCCCAAGGGACUAUAAAUGUGGUCUGCCUAGAGCCUGCAGAUUCCUGAACUCUUGGAAUGUUCCUAAAUCUGAUACCAGAGAGAGCCAUAUCAGUGCACAAAUAUUUUCAGCAUAUGUUACAAAAUGACCUGACACCCUCUGCUACUCUUGGGAGCCCUGACCUGCAAGACAAUCCCUCAUCUGUUGCAAAUACCUCUGUCUUCAACAUACCUCUCUAUUCGUAGAUCCACCCCUCUAUAGACAGAUCUGGACUCAGAGAUUCUGAGCUGAAGAUGGGGGUUGGCAAUGCAAAAGAGAGACUCCAUUCUGGCUUCCUCCUUUGCCCUGCAAGUGUCAGGUUGGACAUAUGAUAAGUGAGGAGGAAAGGCCAGAGCGAGGUGAGAUAAAUGAACAGAUGGUAGGAGUUCAGCCACACGGACAUCCCCAAGCUUUGGAUGGGAACUAGAAAGAACCGAGUCUUGGAUCAGGUGUAAGGGGGAGAGAAAUAGGUCCAUCUUAAAUGCUGGGAUGUUGGAGUGCAAGUCAGCUGGGAAGGAGAAAGUCACACUCCGUUAAGACAUCUUUGCCAGUGCCACCAACCUCAUUACAGGGUUUGUCAGAAAUGGGGUCACUUGGAAUUUCAAGUAUGUUCAUUCCUGAUGGAACUAUAAGGCCAGGAUGGCUGGGGCUGUGGUCUGCGAGAGGAAUAGGAGAAAAUGUUUUAAGCCUCAAGACAAUCAACCACCAGACUCCCUUCCUCCUUCCCUCCCUUCCUGUCUUCCUUUCUAGACCUUUAAACCUACAUGCCUUAAGCCAACGUACUCUGGAAAGAUUGCUAGAUCUUGCCCACUUCUUUAUUGAGGCUCAUGAAGCUGCUCAAAUCCUAAGAAGGAGUUUUAUCAAUUGCCCACUUCCACCUUCCAUGGUUGGGGUAAGAAGGAGGAGAUACAGGACCCUGGGGUGGAGCAGGCCCAGUGCUCAGCUAGCUGGCUGGGAGCCAUACUGGCAUGAGGAUUUCCUAUGAUUGGCAUCAGUCAUGAGAAGCUGGGGUCUCUAGCUGGCCCCAGGAUUUUGCUUUAUCAGUUUAAUACAUGGCUGAUACAUGUCAACUUUUUCUCAUGUAAAGAAAUUCUCUUAGGAGGUUUCUCUUUGACCUGAAUUGACUGAAUUCACCCAAGUUCAACCCAAUCACAGGCAAGUUAAGGAGCAGAAAGAACACAAUCCGUGGAAGGUGCUGCCAAUCCCUUCUCUCCUGCUACUGUGCACAGGGUGGAGUGUUCUUCCUACCUGGUCACCUGCCUUCUUUGAAGCUGUUGUUUGUAAUCCUCUCACCAAUGUGCAUUCUAGAAACUGAUGGGGGCAGGGCUGGAGAGACAGUGGUUAAGAGCUCUUGUUGCUCUUCCAGAGGACCUGGGUUCAGUUCCCAGUGCCCACAAGAUGGCCACAGCCAUUUUUAACUCUCUAACAUGCAACACCCUGUCUCCCUUGGCUCCAAGGGCACUGCACAAACAUGUAGGCAAAACAUUUCAGUGUCCCACAGCCUUGUACCACCUCUUUGCUUCCUACUUCCGAUACAUUUUUUAACCUCCCCUUGGAAGACAGUAGGCGAUCUAAUAAUUAAUUACCUGCCGUCACCCUUUCAGACUUCUGCUCUGUCACAUCCCACAGUUCCUCCAGCAGACCAACUUCUCUUCACACAUUGCUCCAAGCCCUUGGUCACAACCAAGGUUAUGGUUUAAGAAGAAUGGGUGUUUUUUUCUUGCCAUCUGAAUCAAUACAACCUAUCUUCUUUUUCAGACAUGUAAGUUUGUCUCUAAAUCAACAGCUCAGGCCUGAACUCCGAUCCUGUCCCCAGCCCUAGCCUGUGAAGUUUGGCAUAUUCUUCUCAUGUGGUCUCCAGCCCCUUCUCCUGCCCUACGACCACAGAUUCUCCAGGUUAGCACUCCAUGUGAGUUUUUGAGGAAGGACGGACAUUGAAGGGUCCAUGACGUCCCUUGCCUUUGUCACUACUGCUGUGGUUGCCCCGGCAAACACAGUUACCAUAUGCGGGUGCUGGCCCUAAGUCUCCAGCAUAGCAUCUCUGCUGAGAUUCCCU